AUGAUGAUGAACAGGAAUGAACAAGUGGAACUAGCGAAAUUAGCUGAACAUGCCGAACGAUAUACCGAUAUGGUAGCUGCCAUGAAAAGGGUCGCUGAAUCAAAUAGCGAAUUGACGAAUGAAGAACGUAAUUUGCUCUCGAUUGCCUACAAGAAUGCGAUCGGCGCUCAUCGAUUAUCUUGGCGAUCUAUGUCAAACAUUGAACAGAAAGUCGAAGACUCGGAACGUAAGCGACAAAUGGCCAAGGAAUAUCGCGAAAAGAUCGAAAGCGAAUUGAAAGACAUUUGCCACGAGCUUUUGACCUUACUUGAUAAAUAUCUCAUUCCGAAAAUGACAACAGUCGAAUCAAAUAUAUUCUAUUUGAAGAUGAAAGGUGACUAUUAUCGAUAUUUGGCUGAAGUAGCCACGGGCGGCGAACGACAAAAAAUGACUGAAGAAUCGAAACGUGCCUACAAGGAUGGAUUCGAUGUGGCCAAAAAUCAACUGCCAGUAACGCAUCCGGUUCGACUUGGCCUUGUUCUAAAUUUCUCCGUUUUUCAUUACGAAAUUCUCAAUGAACCAGAUGUAGCCUGUCGUUUGGCCAAACAGGCCUUUGACGAUGCUUUGGCCGAGCUAGAUACUGUCGAUGAAGAUUCUUACAGAGACAGCACGCUUAUCAUGCAGCUGCUCCGAGAUAAUCUCAGUCUGUGGACUAAUGAUCUAUCUUAUGUCGACAAUGUAAACCAAUCUGAAGAACAGCAGUAA